GAGACUCUCCCCUCAAACGCAGGCUUUCCGGUUUAGUCGGACUACGGCUCCCAGAAGGCCUCCCUAUUGGCCACCGCAGCUGAGGCUCCUGGGAAAUGAAGUCCAAAACCCACACUGGGCCUCCGCCUGUGUUGAGGAAGGCUUUCAUGGCCGGAAUCACUGGGCUGUUGAGGAAGACCCGAAGAUGGAUCGGCCCAAAUCGGCCAAAGAAAAAAAAGAAGAGAGGAAAAAAUGGAGGGAGAUGCGGCUGCUGAAAAAGCUGGAAAAGAAGAGAAUGCGGGAAUUAAAGGAGAAGAAGAAAGAGGAGGAGCAACCAAAGGAGGAGGAAGAAGCCUUAGGGCGACACUACACGCUGAGCGUGGCCGUCCCGGGUUCGAUCCUGGACAACGCGCAGUCGCCGGAGCUGCGGACAUACCUGGCGGGGCAGAUCGCCCGCUCCUGCGCCGUCUUCUCCGUGGACGAGGUCGUGGUCUUCGAUGAACGCGGGGAGGACGCCAAGACUGUGGAAGGCGAGUUCGGAGGCCUGAAGGCCAGAGGCCAGGCCUGCGUCCAGUUGGCUCGCAUCCUGCAGUACUUGGAGUGUCCCCAAUACCUGCGCAAGUCCUUCUUCCCCAAACACCAGGAUUUGCAGUUUGCAGGGCUCCUGAACCCCUUGGACAGCCCCCAUCACGUGCGGAUCGACGAGGUGUCGCAGUAUCGUGAAGGGGUGGUCUUGGCCCGACCGGUCAAGCCCGGCCGGGGGUCUUUUGUGAACUGUGGGAUGCGGAAGGAGGUGCAGAUCGAUAAGCAGCUCGAGGCCGGACUCCGCGUCACCGUGAAGCUCAACGAGCAGCAGAACCCAGAGAGCAAAACGCAGAAGGGGACGGUGGUGUCUUCCCAUCAUCCCCGCACUGUCUCCGGCCUUUACUGGGGAUACACCGUCCGCUUGGCUUCCUGCCUGAGUGCCGUAUUUGCCGAAUCCCCCUUCACGGAUGGCUAUGACCUCUCCGUUGGGACCUCGGAACAAGGGACCCCCGUGGACCAAGCAACCCUACCUGCUUUCAGGCAUGCUUUGAUCGUUUUUGGAGGCCUGCAAGGCUUGGAAGCUGCCGUCGACGCGGACCCACAUUUGGAAGUCAGUGACCCCAGCACCUUAUUUGACUUGUACCUCAACACCUGCCCCGGGCAAGGCAGCCGGACCAUCCGGACCGAGGAAGCCAUGCUCAUCUCACUGUCUGCGCUGAGGCCGAGGAUUGCGGAAGCGGCAAAGGGUCUGAACGGAGGCGGCAAUUCGUGAGAUUUGGGAAGGAAAAGCCUCGGAAAGAGCAGCAAGACAGCGAUCAGGAGCAGAUCGUAGCCUUGAUUUUCCCUUUCGAUAAUUUUCCAAGAUGCCGAGCUUUCUUUGAAACCCAGAAACUGGAGAAUUGGACCCAAAUAGACUGGCUUGUUCUGAAUAUUUUUUUAAUACCUGUUUAUACCCAAAUAAAGUGGAACCAUUGCCUUGCC